AUGGAACCGGAGAAAGCUCCGGCGAAGUUGAGGGUGGCAGGGAUCUGGUGCGGGGCUCUGGAGGAAGUGCCACUGGAGUCAUGGACGCUGGAUGCGCUUAGGGAAGAGAUCUCGAGGAGGUGCAAGGGACGGCACCCGCCGGAGUGCAUUAAUCUGAUCAGUGGGGGGAAGGUCCUUCGGGACGAGCGCCGAUGCAAGGAGAAGAAAACCCUUCUGCGGCUUGGUCUGAAGAACAACUCUAAGAUUCUUGCCUCGGCUGCUGCUUCCGAGGAGGAGAGAAACGAGGUGGAGGAGGAGGAGGCCAGGGUGGCUGACGAGCCGACCUUUGAGGCCGAGCGCUUGGAAUGGUUGUACAGGACCCGGUGAGGUUUCGGAAACCUCCAUCUGAAACUUUUAUAUGAUGAUCUAUUAUUUUUAUACGUUUAAUUUCCCGGACAAUCAUCAGUGUUUAUGCAGAAGUUGAUACGCAUCGAGGAUUUAUUUAUGUGGGGUGGGAGGGGCCUGACACGACGUAAACCUUGACAGUGGUGCAGCAGAGAGGCUGUCCCGGAGGGGUGCGUAUGACUCUCUAGAGAACUACCAUAUAGAGCUCAAGAACCAGACAGGAGAGAAGGUCAUUCUCGGAACCAAGACUGAUGAACGGUACUGGUCGUUAUUGCUAUCUGUUUGUAUAUCUCUCGAAUCAUUUUAGCCGUAUAUUGGAUCUUAAGAAUUUCCCCAAUAGCAGGGCAGUACUGUUCGGGAUCAUGCUGCAUGCAAAUGGCAAGCAGAUACUAGAAUCUAAAAGCUACAGAGAUGCUUUGGAUGUUUUGCUCAUGGCCGAGGUUGGUAAGAUGUCGUUAUCAUUUCUAGCCGGUCACAGAAGAGACACAUAUAAAGUAAGUGUAGUGUAAAUGUAUCACUGACGGUCAGUUAGUUAUUACUCUCUAAGAGAGUAGAGCGUUCACUGAUAUUUUUUCAUUAUUGUGUAACAUAUGUUUAUGAAUCUGCAUCUCUCUCUCUUUCAGCAGGUUUACUCUCUAUGCAACCCAAAGGUUAUUCAGGUAAAUCCAUCAUUUUGGAAUGUGUUUGGCAAGUCGUUCACGUCGUGGGCCAGUCCGGGCUUCCAUCUCCAACAUAGGAAAUAUAUAGGAUCAAUAGAUUCCACCAACUUCGCCACAAUAUAUCAGCCAAUGUCUUCAUUACCCUAUUUUAUUUCAAUGGAAGGAAGUUCCCAUAUGGACAUUUCGUUUGGAAGCAAAAGGUUAGAUAAAUGA